AUGAGCUUCGGCAAUCAUGUUCAAGUCGGUGUCCAUGCCAACAACUUGGAUAGCACGAAUGAUUCUUCAUCCAAAACACAAAUUCAUUUCCAAUCAUCCAUUGGUGCUAGCCCUGCAGAAGCUCUCAACCCUUUUCAUGGCCAAUUAGUCGAUUUCUCCGUCGCUCCAUAUCCGUCCGCACGUCCACAGGCAAGACGGCUUCACCAGGGGUCCUUUGCCGAGUUUCCUCCACAUGGUCAUACAUUCGAACUGCCUCGCAACCCGUUUGAGCCUGAGGAAAUAUCACGACCCGCUUUCAUCGUUGAUAACUUUCCAACAAAGAGUAACUCAACCUCUGCGUCCUUGGACCAUCCACGGACCAUGAAUGAUACCCUGGACACUGCCAUCGAUCUCGAUGGCGCAACUAUUGAUGUUGCAACCGACCAUUCCCCUGGCUUGGGGCCACCUAGCAUGACAGAGACACCAUCGCGGCCGUCUCGAAGAAAUAAGAAGUAUACGCUCGCAGACGGGACGAUUGUUUCUGGGAAGGGACUGGGCCGUGGAAGACCUGGGGUGAAGCGUGGCCCAAGACAUGCAAAGUAUCACAUGGGCGAAGAACAAGAUGGAUCUUCUUUACAUAUCGCAGGUUCUCCGGCGACAGACAACGCUCUCCCAAUUAAGCGGAGGCGUAUCAAUUCUGGAGCAUCCAACCCCAAUAUUAGGCUGUCUUCCUCCAGCUCGCUCUCGCUCGACUCGCGAGAGUCAUCCAUAGAGUAUAAUCCUAUCGCCACACAUACCCGGUCCGGCCGGCAGACACAGAAGCCACUCAACCUCCCCACCACCAAGGUCAUUGCCAGUCCUGUGUCCAAAACUGUAUCCUCAAAUUCCCCGGCAAAUGUGACACCUUCCUCUGCUAUCAAAACCCAUCCUAAAAUCAAGCGUCGGGUAUACCGUGGCCGAGAACAAUUUGCCCUUUGCGAACACUGCUUACGUGGCCAUGGUCCUGCAGGCAAUGUCAUUGUCUUCUGUGAUGCAUGCAACAAGUGUUGGCACCAGCGCUGCCACGAACCCCAGAUCUCGGGCCAGACAGUGUCCGAUUCCAAGGCAGAAUGGUUUUGUUCUGAUUGUGAUCGAAUCCUCCACGGGAAAAAAGGCAAAUCACGAGUGAAGGGAUCUGUGGCUCCCGCCAAAGUCGCUCCUCCCAUACCUCCCGCGCCAACAUUUGUCUACGUCGGACCACGCGUAGGAGGACGUUUACUGAAUAAUGAUCAGAAACUUGCCUACCUUAACACACUCUCUAAAGAGCAACUGAUCUCUCUUCUCAUGGAUGGAGCUUAUCUGGCACCCGACCUGCCCAUCUUCGAGACUCUGGUACAGGCACUUCCUCCAGGCGGAAGUCUUGGUGCUCAAUUUACUUCCACGUAUGUUACACCGGUUUCGCAUGGACCAGGGCAAGGUGAUGCAGAUGGAGUCGGUGGAAAUGAGGCGGCGGAUGAAGGCUACGACGGGUAUUACGAUGAGCAUGCUGCACUCUAUCCUAAGCCUGGGUUUGGAGUCCAAUUGCCACCCGAGCGUGAAGACCUUCACAUGAUGCUUGAAGGUAAGGAAACCAGAACAUUUAGUCAUUGGAUGAGAGGUAUGAGAGGCAAUCAUUACAGUGGGACAGGGAAUGUCUCCAGGGUUUGA